UUGUUUCUGCACGGUAGUAAUUCUGCGAACACUUCACGUGUGAUUGUGUGUUGACCUUUUCUCCAUCCUCUGUAUGGAUUUGUAACUUUUAACUGUAAAUGUAGGAGAUAAAAAAGCGCAGGUUAAAGUUGUAAAUAUGGCUCUGAAUAAAAUACAGACGUAUCAUGGGAGUAUGUUCAGGUGUCUUCAGGAGGUGAUAUCUCAGAGAUGUUUACUUGCUGUGUCCUCGAUUCACACCACAAGCCCUCAGUCAAACUCCAACAGUUGCUCUGUGGUUCGCUGCAGCAGACAGAAAUAUGAGCGCAUGUACCCGGUCUUGCUCGUGCGUCCAGACGGCUCCACCAUUAAUAUCAGAUACAAAGAACCCCGGAGAAUUAUAAUGAUGCCUGUGGACAUUUCAAGUCUGUCAGAGGAGGAGAGAAAGGCCAGGAUCCGAAAGAGGGAUCCUAAGAGGGGAGUGGUUAAACGAAACGAUGAUGAGUUUGAAGAUGACUUUAAACUGGAGGACUACAGCAAGUUCUGGAAAAAAACAUGAACAGGCUGGCUUGCUUCAUUCAGCAUGUGUCUUUCAGAAGUAAAGAUGGGCAGAGGUUCACCAACAUAAAAUUGUGAAGACUUAUGAAUAUCUCAUCAUCUACAGUACAUAAUAUCAUCAAAAGUUUCCAAGAAUCAGGAGAAAUCUGUGUGGAAGGGACAAGGGUGAAAAUCAAUAUUGCAUGCCCGUGAUCUUCAGGCCCUCAGGUGGAACUGCAUUAAAAACAGGCAUGACUCUGUAAUGGAAAUCACUUCAUGGGCUCAGAAACACCUCCAGAACUCAUUGUCUGUGAACACAGUUCGCCGUGCCAUCCACAAAUACUGGUUAAAGCUCUAUCAUGUAAAGAACAAGCCAUAUGUGAACAUGAUCCAGAAACGCUGCCAUCUACUCUGGGCCGAAGCUCAUUUAAAAUGGACUGAGACAAAGUGGAAAACUGCUCUGUGGGCGGAUGGAUCGAAAUUUUAAAAUCUUUUUGGAAACCAUGGACACCGUGUCCGCUAAACUAAAGAGAGGGACCAUCCGGAUUUUUUAUCAGUGCUCAGUUCAAAAGCCUGCAUCUCUGAUGGUAUGGGGGUGCAUCAGUGCCUUUGGAUUGGGCAGCUUGCACAUCUGGAAAGGCACCAUCAAUGCUGAAAGAUACAUGCAGGUUUUAGAGCAACAUAUGCUUCCAUCCAGAUUCCAUCCCAUCUCUACUUCUGAAAGACUCUGCCUCUCUAAGAUACUCUUUUUAUACCCAAUCAUGUUAUUGACUUGUUGGCAAUUAAUCUAAUUAGUUGCAAAAUGUUCCUCCAGCUGUUUCUUUUUAUUAAAACUUAUUUUCCCAGCC